AUGACGGUGGAUGCGUACUUGGCCAAGUUCAAUAAAUUGGUCAAGUUUGCUAAUUAUGGGGGUACUCUGCCUACUUCGGAAUUUCUAUCUGCAAAAUUUCAAAGAAGAUUAAGCGAGAAAAUUGCUAAGCGUAUGUCAAACACUGCUGUGAGGAAUUUUGCUGACUUAGUGACCCAGUGCAAGUGGGUUGAGACUGUAUAUGGAAGGUAUCCGAAAUCAAAUUCUGCUAAAGACCAAGAGGUUAAGAGGACAGAUGGUCCUUCUGGUUCUAAUUACAGAGGUGGCUAUCAUCAUAAUAAUAACAGAGGUAGGGGGUUACUGGGUCCUUGUACUGCGGUUCCAAAUUCAUGUUUCAAGUGUGGUAAGGUUGGGCACUUUGCCAGAGAAUGCUAUAGUAAUACUGGGCAGAUAGCGAAUCUGCAGGCCUUGCCAUCUGUUCCUAAUAUGGGACGUAUUUAUACUACCAAUGUGCAGCAGACAGAGAAGGCACCGAAUCUGGUUAAAGGUAUAAUUUUCAUCUAUAAUAUUGAUUUAUCUGUGUUGUUUGAUUCGGGAGCGACACAUUCGUUCGUGACGAAAUAUGUGGCUAAAGGAUUGAAUUUAAAGGUAACACGAAUGAUUCCUCCCAUGUGUAUUACUACUGCUAUAGGAGAGGUUAGUGAUUCCUCUUUAUUUGUAGAGAGGUUGAGUUUGUCAACUACAUUGUGUCAAAAUUUGGUAGCCAUUGGAGUUGUACGCAGACCUGUAGAGUAG